ACAGUCGCUCACCUGACCGGAGGGCUUCAAAGUGCCAAGGCGUACUGGCUUCCUGGAUCCUCAGAGAGCCACGGGACGGGGUUUGAAAGAAAGGUUUGUCAAGGUCCGGCUGUCGUACAGGUGAACUACACGGGUCUACGUGUUCGUUCAGAUUUCAACAAAACUCAUUAGCUUCAUUUGGGCUAACCUUAACAUGGAACGUGCAGAUUCUCAAAAAAGAGAGGAAUCAUCAAAUAAAAGGUCACCCUUUGAGCUGAUUUUGAAUCAGCUUAGGAGAAAAAAGUCAGUGGUGGAGCGACGUCAACGGGUUUCUGUGACGAGGUUCUUCAAAACAUCAGACAAUAAUGACAAGGCUGCAAGGAAUGAAGUUGUUACCAAGGAAUCAGAAAGAAAUGAUGCAGAUAAAGAAGGCAAUGAAGAAGAUGAGAUGUCAUCUGUGGAUGGUGAGUUGUGUUCGGUGGCUGGUUGGGGGCGAGUGAAACACUUCUUGCAGAAACUGGGGAAGAAGGCUGACCGACAGCACUUGACUCUUGGCAGUUGUGGACUUACUGCCACUGAUCUGCUAGAAUUGGCUUCAUUAUUGGCAUUUCUGCCAGAGCUGCAGGAACUGGACCUGUCCUGGAAUGACUUUAUUGGUGGGGCUUUAAAGGCUUUAACUGUACACCUGCAGCAUGUAAGUCGCCUGAAAAACCUGAAGUUGAGCAACUGCAGACUGACUGCUGAGGAUGUGACAGCUUUAGGAGAGGCCCUUGGAUUCAUACCUCAUCUUGAGGAGCUUGAACUGUCAUGGAAUAGCUACUUGGGAGGCAAUUUGUCCUGCUUUACUCAUUACUUGCAACCUGGAUGCAAGAUUACAGUACUACACCUGGUGGACUUGGGCCUUACAGCAGUCGAUGCUAAAGCACUAGGAGAAUCUCUGAAGGUGCUUCCAAACUUGGAACUGCUUGAUCUUUCUGUAAAUAAGCACUUUGCUGAUGGCCUUUGUGACUUUGCUCCACAGCUAAGCCACACUACACGCCUGAAAGUGCUGAAGAUGCACUUGUGUGGACUGAGACAGGACAGCAUUCACAUUCUUGGUGAAGUAUUUAAUUUCCUUACAUGUCUGGAGACUCUGGAUCUGUCUUGUAAUAAAGAGGUUGCUGGGUCUUUCAAGGAUGGAGCCACCCACCUGGCAAGUCUUAAAAAGCUGCAGAGUCUUGAUCUCCAUCUAUGCUGCUUAAAUCAGGAGGACAUGGCAGCUCUAACUCAAGUUAUCCCAUUAUUGUCAGAACUUGAGAUGCUGGAUUUGUCAGCCAAUAAAAACAUAGGAGGUUGUGCUAAACAGAUGUUUUCCCGGAUGCGUUUUCUGCCAAAACUCAAGUGUGUUUUGUUAAGCAGCUGUGGCAUAAGUGAGGACGCUUACCAUUCUCUAGCUGAUGCUAUAUCCCAACUGCCUCGAUUGGAGUGCCUGCAUCUUUCCUGGAACAAAUGCAUCGGGGGAAAUCUACAUGUGCUCCUGGAUGUCUUGCCUUCUACUGCUUCCCUGCAUGCGCUUCGGCUGAGCAGCUGCAACCUGACUGACAAAGACUUGACCAAUCUAGUGUCAUUAAUGAACCUGGUUAACCUUAAACAACUGGAUCUGACAUACAAUGACACAGUGGAAGAUGAAGGCUGGGACCACUUCUUUAAAAAUGCAAACACUCUGAAGGACCUGACAGAGCUAGAUAUAAGCUUGCGGCCCUCCACAAGAAGGGACUGUACUCCAUGGUUCUCAAGCCUAAAGACAUUUCUGACUGGAACCUCUGCCCUGAGAGAACUGGGGCUGCACAGAUGGCUGCUGUCUGGCCUUCAGACUGCCUCUCUGGAAACCUUCAGUAAAAGUCACAAUAUCAAGGUUCACUUUGACUUUAGUGAACCAGCGCAGAAAGAACAACAUGCUCCUGUAGAUGUUGCCUGAACAGCACAUUCGUGGCUAUGUAGACCAGGAGGAAUCCUGCAUGCUCUCCUUUUCUUUCAUUAAAAAUAAGCCUUCAAGCCUCAUACUUCUGGAAUAAGAAGAUGGAGCACAAAUGAUUUUAGAGGUGAAGUGAAGGCAAUAAGUAGCAAAGGUUGACAUUCUGCCUAAUGACUGCUUUUCUGUUAAUGGCUAACAAUUUGUUAUCAUUACGCUAAACAGUGGCUGAUUGCAGACCAUAAGAUUUUAUACCCUAUUGUGUAUAUUUUAGAUUUUGUUUUUGGUAUAAUGUGAAAUUGUUGCCUCAAGACUGGCAAUGAUUAAUAGAUGGGAGCAGUUGGAAGGAGCUGGGUAUCUUGUGAGAGUAGACUUUAUGUUAAAUUAUACUCAUGAUGAUUUUUUAGCCAAAUCAUUUUACAGUUUCUACAAGCACAUUGCAACAUUGAAUUUCAAGUUAAGUCCAACAUAAUUUAUUUAUUUAUAUUCACGUAAUGUGUAUACACAGUAUAAUAAUACAGUGUAUCAAGAUUUUAAGAUCUCUGAGGUGCUGCUUUUUAUUACACAUCUUAGUAACUUAUUUCAUGCAUCUUUAGUCAACAGUAUGAAUUGUAUUCAUAAACUAUACCCAACUGUGUUCCCACAUUCUUGAUGAAGGACUUGUAUUACACCUACAGCUGACAUCAGCCUUA